AUGUCGGGUUCCAAGAUUACCUGUUACCUCGAUAUCGUCAGCCCCUUCGCAUACAUUGCGUUUCAUGUACUGCAGAAUUCACCCGCCUUUGCGAAAUGUGAAAUCACAUAUGUUCCAAUUCUGCUCGGAGGUUUGAUGAAUGCAUGUGGCAACAGCCCUCCAAUCAACAUCAAGAAUAAGAAAGACUACCUGGGCCAGCAGCGAGUGCGAUGGGCGAAGUACUUCUCAGUCCCGAUUGUGGAGGGAUUCCCUAAAGGCUUCCCAUUCCGCACACUACCCGUGCAGCGUGCGCUGUGCGCAAUCUCCCAGAAAGCACCAGAAAAGCUCGCUCCGGUGGUCGGGGCGCUAUUCCACGCGGUCUGGGUUGAAGGCAACACCACCAUCGGCGAACCCGAUGGCUUUGCCCCCGUGAUCGAGAGCGUACUUGGGAAGCAAGAGACGGAUGAGAUUAUGGCUGCUAUGAACAAUCCGGACGUCAAGGCUCUUCUGACUGCGAAUACCGGUCGGUCCUUUGACUCAGGAGCUUUCGGCCUGCCGUGGUUCGAGUGCACGAACUCCAAGGGCGAGACCGAGGGCUUCUGGGGUGUCGAUCAUUUAGGCCAGGUGGCUGACUUCUUGGGUUUGGAUCGCGCGCUCGACAGAGGUUUCAGGGCAUCUCUCUAG